GACCUAUAAAGAAAUCUUUAUAGGUCUAUGGUCUUACCUCACCGAAUUAUUAACAAAUGUAUGUGCAUUCAGAACUGUGAUAGGCCGUAGGCGGCAAGCAUGAUUAUUACUACCGAGUACCGCCUGAUAACGUUUGGAGAAAAGCAAAAUGGCUGAUACUGCGUAUCACGACAGUUGACAUCAUACCUAUCUAUUUUGUCAUGGCUACCACUGCAAAAUCGAGUCACUUAUCGAAGCAAUAUUUUGACGGAACGGCUCAGAUAUAUUAUUACUCUAUACUCAUUACUCUAUAGUCUAUGGUAGGUAUACACUAUACAUUAGGGUUGAGCUGUACUUGCAAAGAUUUAUUGAAGAAACUACUGUGAUUUUAUACCAAAAAUGUAAAUGAUUUUUAUUUUUUAAAAUCUUAAUGGAACUUUCAGGAAUAUUAAAAGAUAAAUUGAACUCCGGCGAUAAUGUUGUGGCGCUUCAUGAAGGAGUGUUAUUACAAAGCUGGUCACCUAAAACACAUCGUUUAUUAGUAUUAGUUGAACGGAACUCUUCUUUUGGUUUGUUUGUUUUUUCAACAUCUAGAAACCCACCACGGGCCUUCACUGAUCUCACUACCAACUUUGUUGUGCCUAUAGACAAAGAUUUUAAAUGUGAUGUAGACACCACUUCUGAUGGAACUGAAUGCGAUAUAUGUAUUAGCAUUUCAUCUAAAAAUGUUAAAUUAUUUAUUGGAAUUGAAUCAGCUGAUGAAACAAGUCACUUUUUUACUGAGUUAUCCAAAGCUAUGAAAAUUUAUUUAAAGAACCACCUAUCUUUGGAUUUUUCGUGGUUAAAUAAAUAUAAUUUCAAUGAUAUUGAUUUAGAAUUGGGAAUGAUGAUGAAUAUAAAUGGCGAAAACACUCAUAGUAAUUUAAAAAUUACAACUAAUAUAGCUAUGUCAGACAAUGAUAUAUCUUUUCCAAGUGGUGCCCAUACGCCCAACUCGCGAGAAAGUGUUGUACAACAUCAGAUGUUAUUGAAUGAAGAACAUUAUACUAAUGCAGAAACAAUCAGAAUUUUUAUUGGUACUUGGAAUGUUAAUGGCCAAUCAAAUACAAUAUCACUUAAUGAUUGGCUCAUUUCUGAUCCUGAAUCUCCUGAUAUUUAUGCUAUUGGAUUUCAAGAACUUGAUCUCAGCAAAGAAGCAUUUCUGUUUAACGAUUCUCCUCGAGAAGAAGAAUGGUUACAAGCCGUUUCUAAAAGUCUGAACACAAGUGCAAAUUAUCGAAAGGUAGCAUUAGUCCGAUUAGUAGGCAUGAUGCUUAUUGUAUUUGUAAAGAAAAAACAUAUGGAGCAUAUAAAACAUGUUGCUACCGAUACUGUAGGCACUGGAAUAAUGGGCAAAUUAGGUAAUAAAGGUGGAGUUGCAAUCAGGAUGGAUUUUCACAAUACAUCAUUCUGUUUUAUCAACUCACAUUUGGCGGCUCACGUAGAAGAGUAUGAAAGACGCAAUCAAGAUUAUCAUAACAUAUGUUCUCGGAUGUUAUUUUCUAACUUCACACCACCUAAAACAAUCAAAGAUCAUAAUCAGGUCUUUUGGUUUGGAGAUCUUAAUUAUCGCAUAACUGAUAUGUCGGCAACUUCUGUAAAAGAUUUGGUAAGCAAUAACAAUUUGAAAAUCGUACUAGAUGCAGAUCAGUUAAAACAACAACAUCGGAUUGGAAAUGUUUUUAAAGGAUAUAAAGAAGGUCCAAUACAUUUUAUCCCAACUUACAAAUAUGAUUCUGGUACCAAUGAAUGGGAUAGCAGUGAUAAAAACCGUGCUCCUGCAUGGUGUGAUCGCAUAUUGUGGCAAGGCAGUUCAAUAAAGCAAUUAGCUUAUCGAAGUCAUCCUAACUUAUUAAUAAGUGAUCAUAAACCUGUUAGCGCUUUAUUUGAGUCUAAAGUAAAAGUGGUUGAUACGGCAAAAUACAGAAAAAUUCAUGAAGAUAUCAUGAAAAAGCUAGAUAAAGUAGAAAAUGAAUUUCUACCUCAAGUAAUGGUCGAUAACACAGAAAUUAUAUUUGAAAAUGUUCAAUUUAUGGAAUCUCAGAUUAAAGAACUCACUGUAGCUAAUACAGGGCAAGUGCCUGUUCAGUUUGAAUUCAUUAGAAAGUUGGACGAUUCAACGUAUUGUAAAGAGUGGUUGCGAAUAGAACCUUUUAUGAAUUUUAUCGAUCCAGGUGAAAAAUGUGAUAUCACCUUAGAAGUUAUGGUGGACAAAAAAUCUGCUUAUAAAAUGAACAGUGGUCAAGAUAAAUUGUACGACAUAUUGGUAUUACACUUGGAAGGAGGCAAAGAUAUAUUUAUCACUGUUACAGGUUCAUAUGAACGUAGUUGUUUUGGCUGUUCUCUAGAAACACUAUGCUACUUAAAAGUUCCAAUAAAAGAAAUACCACUUGGCACACUUAUGGAACUGGAAAACAAUAAAAAUAAUUUACCUUUAGAUCCAUACCCAGUACCUAAAGAAGUUUGGUACCUUGUUGACCACUUAUAUCGACAUGGGCUGAAGCAAGAACAUUUGUUUGAACAAUCUGGUUUAAGAUCAGAAUUUAUUCAAAUUCGUAACUGGUUAGACACUGGCUCUCCAGACUCGAUGCCUGGAAGCGUGCAUUCUGUGGCUGAAACUUUACUAAUAUUACUUGAUAGCACAUCAGAACCGAUCAUACCCUAUAAUUUACAUUCUGCUUGUUUAUCAGCCGUUUCUAACUACAGUCAGUGUAAACAAAUUAUAUCGCAACUUCCAGAAAGAAGUAAAAAUGUUUUUUUGUACCUUUGUGCGUUCUUACAAGAACUUUUAAAUCAUGUCAAUGACAAUAAUUUGGACACAAAAACAAUUGCUUCUGUAUUUGGGGAAAUAUUUAUUCGAGACCCACCAAGAUCACGUUUAGAUAAGUCUGGGCAUGCCAAAACCUCUAUGUCUAGAAAAAAAACUAGUUUCGUGUACCAUUUUCUAGUCAAUGAUCAGAGCGAUCUAAUUAUUGGUACAUCAUUAUAAACUUUUAAUAUUUUUAAAAGUAAACAUCAACUAUUUUAGUUUAAAACACUAGGUAUUAAAUACCUGUAAUUUUUUUUUUUAAUUUGUAUUAUUCAUCAUAGUGUCUAUUAGUUAUAAAAUGAUUUUUUUUAAAAUUUAUGCACCAAUUUGUGCUAAUCUUUAUUGAAUUUUUUAACGGCAAAAUAUAUAAAAAGUUAAAAUUGAAUGUGUGUGUGUGCCUAUAUAUAUAUAUUUAUACAGGGUGGCCCACGAAAUUUUGACAAAUUUUUAAACUUGUUCUUGUGAAUAUUUUUGAGAUUUUUUUUAAAAAUAAGUUACACUCAUUUGCGCUAUAAGCGUCACGGUUUUUAUUGCACUUACCUGUUUUUUUUUUUUA